UCCUCUGAGAGUGAGAGAGAUAAACAUACAACUCAAUCAUUUAUCUUCUCCUCUUUCCCUCCUCUUCCUCUUUGGUUUCCAUUUGUCUUCAUCUUCUUCUUGCAUCUUCUUGUUUCAUUUUCUCUCGUUUUCUCUCUGGUGACAAACCUCAUCAUCAGAUGUCAAACUGUUCGAACAAAGUGAUGGCCAACGGCCAUUCGAAUGGAAAUUCCAAGAAUGGAACAAUCAAUGGAAAAGUAAAUGGAAAAAUCAACGGUAAAGUGAAUGGAGAAACUAAUGGACAUGUUAAGGUGAAUGGAGAAGAAAAAGUUAAAUUGAUUGAAGAAUAUGAAGAGACUCCGUUUGUUAUUGUAAUUCUUUGUUACCUUUCGUACGUAAUUUUAAAUUUCUUUGGACAUUUGCGAGACUUUUUACGAAACACCGGAAUAGAAAAGAACAAAUGUGCCAUCGAACGAAAUCGACCGGGUUACGUUCCUCUCUACAGUAAUUACGAGAGUUUUUAUACACGAAACAUUUAUCGACGUAUUUGCCAUGGUUGGAAUCAGCCGAUCUGCAGUGCACCAGGAACGAUAAUUGAGGUUUUGGAUCGAGAAACUGAUGAUUACAAUUGGAACUUUAGAUUCACUGGAACGACGACCAAAUGUAUCAACAUGGGUUCUUACAAUUACUUGGGAUUCGCUGAGAAUAAAGGAGAAAGAGUUGAACAAGUGAAAGAAAAUUUAAUCAAAUAUGGAGCCAGUGUUGGAACUUCAAGACAAGAAUAUGGAACUAUGGACAUUCAUGUCGAAUUGGAGAAACUUUUAGCUGAAUUUCUGCAAGUUGAAGAUUCCGUUAUUUUCGGAAUGGGAUUUGCAACCAAUUCGACUAAUAUUCCAGCUCUCGCUGGAAAGGGUUGUUUACUUUUGAGCGAUGAACUUAAUCAUGCAUCUCUCAUCUUGGGCUGCAAAAUUUCUGGUGCAACAAUUAAGGUUUUCAAGCAUAACAAUAUUUCUGACCUGGAAGUUAAGCUUCGUCAAGCGAUCGUCGAAGGUCAACCGAAAACUCAUCGUCCAUGGAAAAAGAUUAUAAUCAUAGUCGAAGGUGUUUAUAGUAUGGAAGGAUCGAUCGUCAAUUUACCUGAGAUCAUACGAUUAAAGAAAAAGUACAAAACUUAUUUGUACCUGGACGAAGCUCAUAGUAUCGGUGCUCUUGGUAAACAUGGACGAGGAGUUUGCGAUUAUUAUGGUGUGGACACUAAAGACGUGGACCUACUGAUGGGCACUUUCACCAAAAGCUUCGGAUCUGCUGGUGGUUAUAUUGCUGGAAAUAAACAAUUGAUUAGUCACAUUCGCAUAACAUCACACAGUUUCUGCUAUGCAAGUAGCAUGGCGGCUCCGGUGGCUCAACAAAUUCUGUGCGCCCUGAAAACAAUCAUGGGAAAAGUAGGAGAUGGAGAAGGUGAACGUCGUAUUGCAAGAUUGGCCAGAAAUUCUAGAUAUUUUCGAGAGAAAUUGAAACAACUCGGUUUCAUCGUUUAUGGAAAUGCCGAUUCUCCUGUAGUGCCGAUGUUAAUUUAUUUUCCAGGGAAAAUUGUAGGGUUUGUCAUCGAAGCCAAGAAAUUAGGAAUCGCCACCGUCGGCGUGGGCUAUCCAGCGACGCCUUUGAUUGAAUCGAGGGUCAGGUUCUGCCUUUCGGCUUCUCAUACCAAAGAAAUGCUCGAUGAAGCGCUGAGAGUGACCAGUAUAGUUGGGGACAAAUUAGCUCUCAAAUACUCUCGAAGAAAACGAGAAACAAUUAAUGUAGAGUAUUGAAUGUUUAGGAAAUUAGUUGAUCAAUUUAUUACAAAAUUUAAAGAGAAAAGAGUAAACUAAUCAGUUAAUUAACUGAUUGAUUGUUCUAAGAUAUCAAAAACUUUAACCAUGUACAUUAAUUUACUUUCAUCAAGCCCUGUGAGACAAUUAUGUAAUAUUUAAUUCAACCUAAUUGUUGACAAUUUUGCCAAAUUCAACAAAACAUAAUCAUGAAAAUCCGCCCAAAUUAAAUUUUCCUUGUUUACUCAAUAGAA